ACCCGGAAGUUUCCGCUGCCGGAGCCCGGUCACUUCCGGGUCGUCGGCUCCGCUUCGUUCCCCUCCUUUUUUUUUUCUUCGGCCACGCCGCAGGUGGGAACCGGCUUACAUCCGGCUCCCUUCGCAGUUCACCCUUCAGCGCUUGCGGCCGAGAAAUGUUGCUGAGGAGCUGGCAGGGCCCCGGAGCCUCCCUGAGGUUGCCGGCUGCGGCGCUGCUGCUGCUGCUGCUGCUCAACCUGGGCUGGUCUGUCCGCGCCUCGGAGAUCACCUUCGAGUUGCCAGAUAACGCCAAGCAGUGCUUCUAUGAGGAGAUCGUGCAGGGCACCAAGUGUACCCUGGAGUUCCAGGUGAUCACUGGAGGGCACUAUGAUGUUGACUGCCGCUUAGAAGAUCCAGACGGUGUUGUGCUAUACAAAGAGAUGAAGAAACAAUACGAUAGCUUCACCUUUACCGCAUCCAGAAAUGGGACGUACAAGUUUUGUUUCAGCAACGAGUUUUCUACCUUUACACACAAAACAGUGUACUUCGACUUCCAGAUUGGAGAUGAUCCGCCUCUGUUUCCUAGCGAAAACAGAGUUACUGCACUUACUCAGAUGGAGUCGGCAUGUGUUUCGAUUCAUGAAGCUCUAAAAUCUGUCAUAGAUUCCCAGACUCAUUUUCGGUUGAGAGAAGCACAAGGCCGCAGCAGAGCAGAAGACUUAAACACACGGGUGGCUUAUUGGUCAGUAGGAGAAGCCAUCAUUCUUCUUGUAGUUAGCAUUGGGCAGGUAUUUCUUCUCAAGAGCUUCUUCUCAGACAAAAGAACCACCACAACUCGUGUUGGAUCAUAACUCAUGUUGAGAACAUGAGUUUGUAAAACCCACUGUUUGUAAAAAUAUAUAUGUAUAUAUACUGUUCUUCAAAUAAUUUCUAGUUACAAAGCAAUGAAACAUGGGGAACAUUUUUAAGUACCUUUGCCCUUCUUAAAGUUGCAAAACACAUGCUCCCUAAAAGCUGUGGGAGAAAAUAGCUUUUAAUGUGUGAUAUAUUGGUUUUCUCCUUCUGCUGAUAUGGGCUGAGACAUCUAAAUUAAGGUUGCUUUUUAAAACAAAAAUAAAAAACAACCUUUGAGACUACUUGGUAGGAGCACAGUGCUUUCAAGAAAAUUCUUUGAAUGAUGAUUUAGAAGAUUGUCCAUAUUAAAAAUGCGUGGCAUUCAGAUUUUUUUCAAGUUUGAAAAGUGGGGGAAUAUAAAGAAAAACAAAUGUGGUUAACUAUUGUCUCAGAGCCUUGUACUACACUGUUGUGAUUUGCUAUGGAAACUGGUCUCAUUUUCUUGCAGAACCAUUUCUGGGGUGGGGCGGGGGGAAGAAUGUGUGUCUUUUUACAGUACUAAAUUUUAGGCUGAGAAUUCCAGGGCAACCAGUUCUCUGUACAAUGGAAAAAGCUGUGUGGGUUGUUAUUUUUUGAAUUUAUCUUUUUAAAUUAAACAAAUGAGGAGACUGUCUUGUAAUUCUAGAAGCUGGGUCUUUGAGCUUGUGGAGCUGCUUCAUUUUUUUGAAGAUCUAAAAGAGCACAGGCUGUGUCACAAAUAAUCUAUAGUCUGUCAGUACCACUUGGAAACCAGAAGAGUAAACUAAAGUGCACUGGGUUUAAUAUCUUGUCUUGUAAUCUCUUUACUACUUGGGCAGUCCCAUGAGACCACGUUGGCCUAAAUGGUUUGAGAAUUGUAACCUAAAAUAAGUGGCUUAUCAAGCAACAUAUGCACAGUGCUGGACAUGAUUGUAUGACACCUGUGAAAGCUUAUUACAUUUGCCUAUUAAAGAAUCUAAAUAAUAUUUUUUUGAAAAACUAUUCUGGGUGUAAUACAGUAAUGUGUUGCCUUGUCCUUGCUUCUACCACUUUGGGGUUAGAGGGCUGCAUUGAGGUUCAUGGGAGUUAGUUGCCAAAUAGCUGGUAUCCUUUGUGUAUGCCUAAUAGAGAACAUCUUGCAUACUCCUGUAUGUGUGCAAGGUUGCUUGAAACAACAGUAAAAUGUGCAAUCAAAGUAUAAGUAACAUUAUUACCCCAAUCAUACAACACAUCUAUUUGAAAGUAAUAGACCAGAAUUUGCUUCCAUGUAUUUAUAUUUUCUAUUGGAGAAUAAGGUUUGUUAGAAAGGAUAAAGAUACGUGAUUCCCAGUGUUUGUAAGCAUAUGAAUACCACUAAGCUCAAAAGCUUACAAGCACAAAAAUCUUAUCUGUGUCGAAUUGCCCUCUUAUAUAAUGUUGACUCCCUCUACUUUACCAUUGUAGAUGUUAAGAUAUCAAUCUUGGAAAAAUACAUGACAAAAUCUCCUGUCUUUUAAUGCUCUGUAAGAACAAAGACUAUUGUCUUGAGUUUAAAUGCUGAUGUGGUAUUAAAGGGAGGUGUGGAUGUGAUCUUAACACUGAGUGGUUCAACAUCCAGUUUUUUAAGCUUCUUAGUUUGGUUAGUUACUGAAGCUGUUUGAAAUGUCUACUUCACUACCACAUAGUGUGCGGGUAUAGCUUUUUAGAUACAACAUUGAUUGUGUAUUAGUAGCAAGGAAGAUCUCAGCGCUGUACUGGUUAAAGUCCUGCAGAAAUAACUUGGUGUACAGUGUUUUGUCUCCCACUUGAGCUUGAGUAAAAUAAAUUUCUUGACUGUA